UCAUUGCAGAAAGUCGAUUUAUUCCAUUAUUUCUCCUAGGUGUAAACGCGAAGUGCAUUUAUUUUAACAAGAAGAGGAUGGCUCAAAGUAAACUUAACGAUUUGGCUGGUAAAUUCGGCAAAGGAGGCCCACCCGGUCUGACCACUGGUCUUAAAUUCUUGGCCGCCAUAGGAGCUGCUGCCUAUGGAAUCAAUCAAUCACUCUAUACCGUUGAUGGUGGUCACCGUGCCAUUAUCUUUAGCCGACUUGGCGGCAUUCAAAAUGAUAUCUAUUCUGAGGGUCUACAUUUCCGCAUUCCAUGGUUCCAAUACCCCAUCAUCUAUGAUAUUCGUUCUCGCCCUCGCAAAAUUUCAUCACCCACUGGCUCCAAGGAUUUGCAAAUGAUCAAUAUCUCAUUGCGUGUACUUUCACGUCCCGACUCUUCGCGUUUACCCUCAGUGCAUCGUCAAUUGGGUUUGGACUAUGAUGAGAAAGUGUUGCCCUCCAUUUGUAAUGAAGUGCUCAAAGGUGUAGUGGCCAAAUUCAAUGCAUCACAGUUAAUUACCCAGCGUGCACAGGUUUCCUUAUUGAUCCGCAAGGAAUUGAUGGAACGUGCUCGCGAUUUUAACAUUAUCUUGGAUGAUGUCUCCUUGACCGAAUUGAGUUUUGGCAAGGAAUACACAGCUGCCGUUGAAGCCAAACAGGUUGCCCAACAAGAGGCCCAACGUGCUGUGUUCUUUGUUGAACGCGCCAAACAAGAGAAACAACAAAAGAUUGUUCAAGCUGAGGGUGAAGCCGAAGCAGCUAAAAUGUUAGGUCUGGCUGUUAAACAGAAUCCCGCUUACUUGAAACUGCGUAAAUUGCGUGCUGCACAAAGUAUAGCCAGAACCAUUGCCACCUCACAGAACAAGGUCUACCUCUCGGCCGAUAGCUUGAUGUUGAACAUCCAAGAUUCCGGUUUCGAUGAUAUGACUGAGAAAGUUUACAAAACUCUCCCGGAUGAUUUACUCACACAUCAGCCCUAUUAACAGCAAGAAAAGGGAAAUGCAUUUGAUAAGCCAUUUGAUUUUUUUCAUUUUGAAUCACUUUUUUGUUAAUGCAUAUAUCUUUUUUUAAUACUUUUAAUUUUAAAAUGGUUUUUUUUUAUAUAUAACUGCUGAAUCCAUAUAUAGAGAUAUGUUAUAAACCAAUGGUAGCAGCUUCCUUAUAAUUCAUGGAUGUAAAUUACUUUAAUUUCAUCAUCAUAGUUUUUAAGUUGAAAAGAGAAACUAAAUUGUUAACCCAAAAUUUAAGAUGCUUUUGAAACAAAGGCUUUACACCGAACUGAAUAAUUUGUAUUACCCUAUUCGCAUUUGAAAAGUGUCAGGCACUUAAUACAAAAGCAUACUUAAUAAGAUCUUAUUGUUAAAUACAAAAAUCCUAUAAACAAAAACAAUAACCACAAAAUGUCUUCUAGUUGUUUGAUAGCGAAAAGGCGAAUAAACGUAAAGCAACGAUUGAAUAAAAGUUUUAAUUUCUGUUUAAAGUA